CUCAGUUUAUGAGGAUUGUCCGCUCGGCUCAUUUACGCAUGUGCCAUAUUUCUUCAUUUUCUUGAUUAUGGUUUAUAUUCAUUCUACGACAAGGAACAUUUAGCAGCUCGAAAAUUUCCAUCCAUCCGCUGACUUAUGAUUUUGCUUGGAAUGUUGUUUUGUCUUCAUGAUGUAGUUAUAUCCUGGAGUACUGAUUGAACUAACUGUGUUUAUUCUAGCAGUUAUUGGUUGCACCUGUGUUGAAAAAGGGGAGGCACUUGUAGAAAGGGGGUUGAAUACCUAUGCAAUCACCUUUUUCACAUUUACUUAUUACAUUUUUUUAUCGACAUGACAUUGUCAAAAUUUAUUUUCACUUAGUCGUGAGUUUUUUUUUUCCAAAUUCUUUCAAAAGGCCUCAUUAUAUUGAUCAUAAUUCAGUGUUGACAAGCAGUAAAAGAGGUAGAAUUCCAAUGGAGGUUGACUUUUUUUGAUUGUAAAGAUUGUCUUUACUUCCGUGAGAUGUAUGUGAAAGAUUCACAUUUUAGGAUUUGCAACUUCUUUUCAGCAUCAAUCACAAUUUCUAAGUGGAGGCGGCAUGUUGUUCACUGGAAAUCAUACACUGGAGACGUGUGUUAAUAUCAGAUUUUGGUGAUAUUUUACACAAAAUCCACACAAAAUGCCUUUUAAUAAGUUCUUUGAAAGUCUUCUCUAGAUAUAUUAUUACUAUUGCAUGGAUGUAAAGUGGUUGGUGGAGGAGAGGCAGUGAUUGAAGUUGUAAUAUGCCACAGUUUUGAAUCAUUUAACAUAACCGUUGUAAGAAGAGCAUCUAUGGAGGAGGAUUCUCAUAUAUGUAGCUACAUUUGUCAUCAAGGAGUGUGUGUGGUAUCCUCUAAAAAAGUAAACGUCCUUGAAUGAUGUGUUCCAUCAGACAUUUACAUACAGGGAUCUACUGCAACACUUUUUGCAUGAUGAGACCAGUGACCUUCGUUAGAGAAACAAAUCAGGAGGCAACUUUCCACUGAUUUUUCAUGAUAAGGCAGAAUCUCCAUUUACUGUCCACAGAGCAGCAUCGUGAUGGAGAGGGUCUUGCUGGCUCUCUUGUGUCUCUCAGGUCAGUGGAUUCUUUGCUAAUGUAAUGUUUGUGAAGAAAAGGUGAUUUGUUAGUUGGGGCCACCGUGUCUUUUCUAAAGUUUUGAUGACUUCUGUUUCUCUCACAGGGUGGUUCAUCCUCCCCUCCUGCCCUCUCCAUCAGUACCACUUUGUGAAGGAACCUUUGACUUGGCAUGAAGCUCAGACCUACUGCAGAGAGAGAUUCACAGACCUGGCCACCAUAGACAACAUGACAGAAAUGAGCCAACUUAUUGACACGGUUUCCUCCACUGGUUACAACUCCGAGGUGUGGAUUGGUGCGUUUAGUGAAAUCAACUGGAAGUGGUCAGAUGGGAGCGAGGCUGAGUACAGGCACUGGGGAAGGAAUCAGCCUAAUUAUUUCACAGCUGGGUUCUGUGUGCUCAGUACAGCGGGCGGAAAUUGGGGAGAUAAUUUGUGCCGGAAUCACAUUCCAUUUAUCUGUUACAAAGGAACACAACUGGAUCCUACAUUUGUUGUUGUGAAUGAAAAAAUGAAUUGGUCCAGUGCUCAGAAGCACUGCAGAGAGAACUUCAUAGACCUGGCCACUGUAACGAAUGACGCAGAACACAAGCAGGUCUACGACUUAGUGCCGGUGGUGGCAUGGAUUGGCUUAUUCAGAGAUCCUAAUUUCCACUGGUCUGAUGGGAGCAGCUUCGUCUUCAGCCACUUCGAUGAUGCUCCAGACACAUAUGGCUUAUUGAGAGUCAGAGCCAUGUGUGCUGCUACAUUUCUGAACAGAUCAGGAAAAUGGAGAUUUUUGUUCUGUGAAACAAGAUUGCCAUUCGUCUGCUACAACCCAGUUGUAAAUAAGCAGGUGGUGAAGCUGAGGAUCAAACUGGACGACUCCUCUGUGGAUCUGAACGAUCCUGCUGUGAAAGCGGCGCUCCUGAAAAAGGCAAGUCUCCAAAGUCCAUCCUCAGACAUCCCACACAUUUUAACUAUGCACCAUUCUGGGAGCAGUGAUCACAGACCAAAUGUGAGCUGCCUACCAACAAAUGACACAGAUUUCAGUGUGACUGGAUGUUUCACAAUAGCUGCCAUGUGCGUCUCUCAGCUCCAGGACAGACUGAAGGAGGAAGGAGUGAGUGGAGUCACCCUGAAGUGGAGAGAGCAGCCUGAUGGGGAAGUCUGGCACAAAGAGGAUCCCUAAAUAACCUCACCUGUAUGUCAGCUGAGCUCUUUAAAUACCUGUGUGUGUUGACUAAAGUGCAGCAGCACCUUAUUAUGUUUCAAUCUCCAAUAUGGCUGCCUUUAAGAAGAGAGUGUGACAUUUAAUGUAGGCUGGCAGCUUUAGUCAUUGUGAACUCUUCUUAGCUGCUAGUCUGUUUGCAUUAGAGUGAUUUUAUUAGCAACAUUUACAGUCGUGACAAGUUUGCAUUUUAGCAAAACAAUCGAUUGUCUCCACCUUAAUCUUCUGAUGUGUCUUCGGACAAGCGUUCUGUAACCUUCUCAUCCUGAUUUUUACUCUCUUGCUUGUUUUAUUCUGUGUGAGAUAACUA